GGCUGAGAAAUCAGUCUCGUCUGAGUACUCCUCGUCAACUCCAAGGGUGCGAGAGCUUCAACGAACCCAUCAUGGGGGACUCAAAGCUCUGCUUUUUGCUGCUCCUUGGCACAUCUGCCUUGGCUUUUGCCCAAGAUGAUCAACCAACCUGCCUGUUGGCUGAACGUUACAAGACCCUGCACAAAUAUGAAUACCAAUAUGAAGCUGAAUCUCUGAAUGCCAUCAACGGAGCCUCACAGCUCAAGAAUGGACCCAAGGCCUCUUGCAAGGUUGAAAUUGAAGUGCCUCAAACAUGUAGUUUCAUUGUCCGCACUACUGGCUGUAGCCUGAGUGAGGUGGUCAACAUGGACGCAGAGGGCAACCCUGUGUUCGGACCUGCACCCGGCUCUGCUGCUUUUGCUGCUGAAAUGGAGAGAUACCCUCUGAAGGUUGUGGUUGAGGGUGCGUACGAUGUGAAACUGUACCCUGAGGAUGGGGAGACAACAACAAUCUUGAACAUCAAGAGGGGUAUCAUCUCUGCCCUGGCUGUGCCACUGCUGCAAGAAGAGAAGAACAAGAACAUGCCAACUAUCCAUGGCAAGUGCAAGACCUACUACACUGUCAACGCUAGAGAGGACAUUGCAACUGACAUCAGCCUCAACAGGGAUCUGUCCAGAUGCGACAAAUUUGUCCCCAUGAGAGAUCACACCAGCCCGCUGGCACUCAUGUCUGGCAUGCACUACCCUCUUGCCCAGCUGGUCAGAAGCUCACAGACCUGUAACUACAAGUUUGACAAUGAGAAGAAACACAUGACCUAUGGUACCUGCACUGAAAACCACAUCCUCAUUCCCUUCUCACACAAGGGAGAAUAUGGAGUUACCAAUGUUGGAAAGCAAGAACUGACCCUGGUUCAGGUCUCUCCUCACAAUGAAAGAGUUUUUGACCACAGUGACAUUGUUAUGGGUCUUCACAUGGAGUCUGUUGUGGACAAGAGUGUUGUCCAGGAUAAAGAUGCAGGUCUGAACCUCCUGAGAGAACUGGCCAAUCUGCCCGAGACUGAGGGUGAGAAGAGGGCCCACCUCUUCCACAAGCUUGUCACCAUGGUCCGUGGUAUGAAGACUGAGACCCUGAGCCCUGCCAUUCCUGAAGCUCUUGGCGUGUCCCGUGUCCUGACCUACCAGGUUCUGGCCCAGUGUGGAACCCCUGAGUGCAGCAGUGCCAUCAUGCAGAUCCUCAGGACCUUUGACACCUCAGCACUCGAGGUUGAUGCCGGUGUUUUUGCUAUGGGACUCGUGUCUAAUCCUUCUGCUCUCCUGAUCAAUGACAUGCUUGAGAUGGCCAAAUACAAGCCCAGCAAGCCCAUCAUGUAUGCCCUGAGCAAUGUUGUCAAGAGGUUUUACAAAGCUGAGGGAAAACUGAUCCCUGAGAUUUACUCUGUUGCUGAGUUCAUGGCUGCCCAGCUGGGUGACUGCUCCGGUGACAAGGACAACACUUUCAUGACACUGAGGGUUAUUGGAAACAUGGCUGCAGCUGUAGGACCUGCCAGUCCUGCACUCAGAGCCGCUGUCAUCCAGUGUGUGAACCAACCCGCAGCUUCUCCAGCUGUGCAGCAGGCUGCCAUUCAAGUGUACAGACUGACUUCCGUCCCUGCAGAGGCCCGAGAGGUUCUGAUGCAGGUGCUUUUGGACAGCGCCAGCCCCAUGCAAAAGCGCAUCGCUGCAUAUCUGGUUCUUAUGAAGGACCCCCAGUCCACUGAACUGGCCCAGAUGGCUGAUGCUUUGCUCAAUGAGCAGGACAAACAAGUGAAGAGCUUUGUGAUCUCCCAUAUUACCAACAUUUUGUCCUCAACUGAGCCAGAGACCCAAGAACUGAGGCAGAAGAUCCGUGAUGCCCUGCAGGGUAAUGACAUUGGGCCUACUAUGGACCCAACCAAGUUCUCCCGCAACUACAAGAUCGGAUCUGUGGAGGGCAACAUGAUCUUUGAGAGUACCAGCUACCUGCCAAAGGAGGUCAUGCUUGAAAUGACUCUGAAGGCUUUUGGCUAUGACAUUGAUAUGAUGGAGGUUGGUAUGGAGGGCAAAGGAUUUGAGCCAACUGUUGAUGCCCUGUUUGGAAAGAAUGGAUUCUUCCCAGAUACUGCAAUGAAGACAAUGUACUUUGUCUCUGACAACAUGCCACUCAGAGUCAAUGAGAUCCUGCAAAACAUGAUGCCUGCUAUGAAGAAUAACAGAAUGAGGCGACAGGCUUCCCAGAACCUGAUGAGGGACAUUGGACGCAACCUCAACAAACUUGUGAGGGAACUGAAGACUGCACAGUCUCCUGAGGCCAUGGUUUAUCUGAGGCUUUUGGGAAAUGAGCUGGGAUAUCUGAGGACCAAUGAAAUGGAGGAGAUGGCCUACUCUGCUGCCAUGAUGAUUGACAGCAUGUUGAAGAUGUUCCCUGCUGAUCUCAUGAAGGCACUGAUGACCAAGGCUGACAACACAAUUUUUGCCCACUACAUCUUCAUGGACAAUGAAUUCUUCCUGCCUACUGUCACUGGUGUGCCUCUGAGGGUUGCACUGUCUGGUACUUUCACCCCCGGCAUCAAGGGUGGACUUAACAUUGCCCGUGACAUGAGCGAAGUUACCUUCAUGCCCUCUGCUGGCAUUGAGUUUGUAACUCAGGUUGGCUCCCACAUCCCUGAAUAUGUCAACUCUGGAUUAGAGAUGCACACCAACCUGUUCCAUGAAAGUGGGCUCAGUGCCAAGAUCUCCAUGGGACGCGACAACGUCAAGCUGACAAUCCCUGCUCCAAUGAAGCCUACAAAGCUCAUAAAGAUGACAAACACCCUGGUGGCAGUGACUGGAUCAGAGGUGAUGACCAUCCCCCCUAUGGUGAUGGACAAGGUUGAUGUCAGUGAGUGCACGCCUGUCUUUGCUGGAAUGAAAUACUGCACUGCUCUGCAGUACACUGAUGCUUUCUCUCAGGACACAGCUCCCUACUUCCCCUUUACCGGAGACAGCAAAUUUGCUGUGGAGCUUCACCCUACUGGUGAAGUCACUGAGUACACAGCCACUGUUGCCUAUGAGCUCCUCAAGGAGGGAGAAGAGGGCCGGCAGAAGGUUGACUCUGUGAAGUUUAUUCUGAGGGCUGAAGGUGCAGAUCCCACUGAAGCCAGAGCAAUCUUGAAAUACAACAGGAGGAAGAAUGUCAUCACUGCCGACAUCCAGAUCCCAGACUAUGAUGUGGAGGCUGGACUCAGGCUGGGUGUUGUUGAUGGAAACACCAAGGGCAAAGGAACUCACUCCAUCUCUCUUGACUUUAUAAACAAGAACAUCCCUCAGCUCUCUCUGGUUGGACGUGCCAAUCUGAAGGCCAUGAAGGAAGGUAUGCUGCAAGUCCAGCUUCUUGUCCCCUCAAUCAACGCUGAUGCCACUGUCACAGCUAACAUGAAACGUGAUGAAGAACUGGAACUGGAGCUGAAGAGUGAAGUCAAAAUCUUGGACGCCACUGCUGAGCAGAAAAUCAAAAUGAAAUAUGAUGGCAGCAAGAUUGAGGUUGAAUUCAAGUCUGAUGUGAACACUGAAACCUCCAGCUUGCCAAAUGGUGAUACGAUUGAGAUGUAUGGCAACCAACUACUUGACAUGCAGGUGGGGCAGACCGACAUGAAAGUCCGUCACAUCUUCAAGAAAUUUGUGGAGGCAGCAAACAACUACAUGGAAAAGUAUGGUGCUGAUAUCCCUUACAUCCAGAACUUCAGAGUACCUGAUAUGCCUGAGAUUUCCCUGCCAGAGACAUUGUUCUUGAACAGUGAGGCAAAGGCUGUCUACACCUUCAACAAUGAGCGCUUUACCAUUGCUAUCCCUCUCCCACUUGGAGGAAAGUCAACAGAAGAGCUUAACUUCCCACCAGCUUUGACCACACCUCGUGUGUCUCUACCACAGUUUGGACUGGAGAUUGUCUCUAUGGAGAUUCCUAUCCCAGACCUUGUUGUACCUGAGAGCCUUACUCUGUCUAUUCCUCUUUUUGGCAAAACUGAAGUUUCAGCUCUGAUGAGGAGUAACCUCUAUGACAUGGAGGCCUCAAUGGCUGCUGGCAAAGAUGUUGUGGAGACACCAAGCUACUCAGCUAAGUUUGAUGUUAAAGGAACCUCCCCACUGGACAUCCUCUCAAUGAAGAUUGAAGGCUCUGGAUUGUUGGCGAUCACUGAUUCCAUCAAGGCGCAUUUGAAAAGCUCUUUCAGCCACAAAUUUAUUGAAGCAAGUGUUAGCAUUGUUGAGGAUGCAGCAAUCACACACAAAAUUGAUUUGAGAUCAAACAGCAAGAUUGAAGCCACAAGCCCAUUUGGUCUCAAUAUUGUACUUGAGCACAAUGGUAUGGCUGGAUUCAACACUGAAGAAAUCUCUGCUGAUAGCAGCUUUGAGGGUAUGUUCAAGGCUGGACCCAUGUAUGGCAAGACAAGUUCAUCCCAGUCAUUCUCCAUCUUCCCAUUCAGGCCAGAGGCAAACAUUGAUUCGAAAGUUCAGAUUGAGUCAACAUUUUUCAAGGCUGAUAACACAAUUGCAGCAACUCUUGGCAAUGGUGAAUUCUCAGUUGUGUCUAACACCAAUGCCUUUGAAGACACCUUGACCCACGUCGCUGAGCUUUCCUUCAAAAACAGUAAGCUGUCAUUGAAGUGUGAUGCAAAUGCUCUUGCUCUUGGUAUGAAGAUCCGCAACCAGGCUGAAGCCUCUGCUGGUGCCGGUGAAGUCGUCAUGAGAAUGGAGACAAACGCAGACCACUCUGACAACCGUGUUUACUCUCUGCUGAUUGCCUCUCUUGAUGUCAAUGGUCUGGCUUUAAACAGUGAUGCCACCAUGAAGCUCCUUGAAAAUGAGGCUACUCACAAGGCUACACUGAGAAUGAACAAGGAUGGCAUCACCACAAGUGGAACAACCACCGUCCAGAGCCCCCUGGCCCUGGAAAACACAUUCAACGCUGGGCUUGAUGCUUCAAGAGCCACUCUAUCCAUUACCAACAAGGCUGCAAUGCGUGACAUCAAGGUUGAUAAUGCCAAUACCAUGACCAUUACUCUCUCUAGCUUUGACUUCAACUCAAAGGCUGAAGCCACUGCAAGUCAGUAUGCCUCUUACAUUCAUGAUAUCACCAUCGCCCUGAAACCCUACACUGCUUCUGCAAAUGUCAAUAACAACAUGAAACUUCUGGGUGCCAACUUUAUUAAUGAGGCUCAGCUGCAGGCAGAGUUGUACAAAAUGGACAUGACAGGAAGCCUGAAAGCCAUCUAUGGUGAGGAAGAGAUCAAGCACACCUAUCAGGUAACUUAUUCGGAUAUGACUGCUAACGCAAAGUGCAGCACAACUGGAAAAGUUUUUGGAACUCACAUGAGCCACAACACUGAGCUUGAAGUUAUUGGCCUUGCUGCCAGGAUCACCAAUGAUGCCCGCUUUAACUCACAGCCAAUGCGCUUUGACCACACCAUCCGCUGCAGUAUUGUGCCUUUUGAUUUCAACCUUGAUGCAAUUUUCAAUGCUGAUGGAGACAUGACCAUGUAUGGAAAGCACAGUGGCCAGCUCUAUGGCAAGUUCCUGCUUAAAGCACAACCUCUGGCUUUUGCUAGCUCACAUGAAUGCAGAGCAUCACUAACCCAGCAGCUUGAUAAUGGGUUUUCACUUGAGACCACAUUCGACAGCAAAAUGGAUAAUGUUCUGUCACUCCAAGAGCAGAAGACCAGUUUCAGAAUGAAGUCUAAAUUGAAUGAGCAUGCCUUUAAUCAGGACAUGAGUGUUUAUAACACUCCUGAGAGAACUGGAGUUGAGGUUUCUGGCACCAUCCUCACAAACAUCCUCAAUAGGGAAUCCGCAGUCAACCAGGAAUUCACCCUGGCUGGCUUCAUGAAGUAUGACAAGAACACAGAUAGUCAUAUAAUCCAGUUUCCUCUUAUUGAAAAUCUGCCUGUCUUCUUAGAAAGCAUCAAGGGCUUUGUUGUGCAGAUUGCAGAGGCACUGCAAGACUACAUCAACAAUGAAGAGAUCAGGGCGAAACUUGAGGCUCUACCCCAGCGCGUAAGUGACUUUGUUUCUCAACUUAAUGUAGAAGGCAACCUAAUUCGACUGAAGCAGUAUUUCACUGACUUUACCCAAAAGUAUGCUUUCACCAUGGAUGAUGUGGAAGCCUCUUUAAGAAACCUGAAGGCUAAUGUCAAGAAACUGCUGGAUGAUCUCAGUGUUUACAUCCAGAACUUGUUUGCUGCUUAUGCCACCCUGCCUGAAAUGCUCAUUCAGGAGAUCCAGAAACAGCUAAUUGCCUUUAAUGAGUAUGACAUCAAGGCUAUGGUUGUGUAUGUGAUUGACACCAUGAAGGAGAUGAUCCAACAGAUUGACCUGGAAAAACUGAAAGGCAGCAGCAUUGCAUUUCUACAAGAUAUUGAUGCAAAAUAUGAAAUCAAGGCUAAUCUACAAUUAAUGAUGAGUGAAAUGAAACAAAUGAUUGAGUCCUUUGACCUGCUGAAAUUUACUACCGAACUGAGGGAGUACAUUACAUCAACCCGAUUUCAAGACGGCGUUAAAAUUCUUGUGAGCUUCAUUCCCUCAGAGAUUGUCAGCGAAAUAACAGAUUAUAUAAGAACAAUUAUUCAGGACUUUGACAUCUUGGGUAAGAUCAACGCAUUCUAUGCCAAAAUGAGAGAGUUGGUUGUCAAGUUCGAGGCUGACAAAAAGGUUCAAGCUAUUUUGGAAAAAGCUGUGGAGCUCAUCAAGCAGUUCAGAAUUGAAGAAACCAUCAAGGCUGUAGCUAAAAUGGUGAGGGACUUAGACAUUCCUACUAAAUUCAUGGAAAUCUUCCAGGGUGCUAUCAACUACUUGAAAACAACUGAGGUUAAGGAUAUUAUUCAAGAGCUGAAUAUCUACAUCGAAACUAUUGUGAUGAAGCUGAAGUCAUUGGACUACAAUAACUUUGUGAAUUAUGCUAAUCAGUUCAUUGCUGAGUACACAGUUUAUGUGAAUGAACUGAUCAAGACCCUUGAAAUUCCCCAGAAGCUUGAGGCAACAAGAGAUUUUGUCAACCUUCUCUUAUCCUCUGGAAGAUCAAUCAUGGAACGUCUGAGAGAAAUCAAAGUUGCAGAAAUGUUCAAAUCUGUAAAGGAUAUUACUGACGAACUUGUGUUUGAUAACCUUCGGGGAUUUGCUGAAUAUAUAAAAGUAAAAAUUACAAAUAUUAAUUUCAGAGCUGAGAUUUCCAGUUCUCUUGACUUCUUGCGCCACCUGUACAGAAGAGCCAUAGCCGUCACCAAGAAAAAGUUCAAUUAUGUGGUUGAGAUCAUUAAAAAGGUGGUACCUGAGCAAAAAAUCAUCAGUGAGAUUCAGCAAAUCAUUGAUGGGAUCCUUCAAGAAAUUAGAGAGGCUGAAUUGAACAUGCCAUCCUUCAUCAUUCCUUUCACUGAUUUUGUUGUGCCUUCAAUGAAGUUGAGGCUUGGUGAUUUUGAAAUCCCAACACAGCUAGACAUCCCUGAGUUCACCAUCCUGGGCUUCUAUACUGUGAAAGCCACUACAAUUUCCUUUGAUGACAUCAAGCAGAAAAUCAUUGAACUUUUGGAUUUCAUUGUAAACUUUGAGAUCAAAAUGCUUGAUGUGGAUGCUUUCUUUGGGGAUCUGAGAAUGAACUACCUUCCUUCCAUGCCUGAGAUGACCUUCCCAGAGAUUACUCUUCCUGAGAUCUCAUUCCCUUCCAUCCCAGAAGUUCCUGUAGAAAAGCUUGUUAAGUCUCUUCAAGUUCCUGAGAUCAAGCUGCCAACCAUUCCAAGUGGGAUCAUGGUCCCAUGCUUUGGUAAACUCUAUGGUGAGAUCAAAUUCCUGACUCCCAUCUACACUGUAAAAACAUCUGCUGAGUUCCAGAACUCCACUGAGAGUGGAAUGAACCCCACAUUCACUGGAUUCCUUACUUCCCAGGCCACAUCAACAUUUGAAAUUCUGAAUUACAAACUUGACUCCACUACCCGUUUUGCCAUCCCAAAAAUGAGCCGUGUUGUCUUUGCUGAGACUCUUAAGCUGACCCAUCUUGCUCUUGGAAUCGAACAUCAGGCAUCUGUAACUCUCUAUGGCCUAUCAGCCCAGGCACAGGCCAAAACUGCAGUUAAGGUUGCCACUUCACCUUACACUGCAAACUUAAUGAACACUGCCUUUAUUGCUAUGGAAGGGGGAAUGACUGCCUCUCUCGAAACAACAUACAAUCAUUUAGUGGACCUCCCAAUUGUUAAUGUCAGAAGUGAGGCCUCUGUAACCCAGAAAGCAAUCGCUCGCCAAGACGCCCUCACCUUCACUCUAACAGUUGACAAUUCAGGCAAUGGCAAGUUUAAUGCUCAUGACGGCAACCACAAGAGCAAUUUGCAAAUCUCACUAACUCCCAGCAUUGUGACUUUAACUUUCUCUGGUGACACAGACUCUACUGUCUUAAAGAUGAAACAGCAAGUUACUGCUGAAGCUGGCACUUUUACCUACUUCAAGUUCAAUGUCCGCAAUGAGGCAGAGGCACCAGUUAUUAAGAACAGUCUUUUUGUGGCAUCUGGACAAGCCAAUCUUUAUGAUAUGAAGUUUGAGCUGAAAGCAAACCAUGACACAGAGCUGUAUGGUGCAAUCAGUGGAGUUCUGUCCAAUGGAAUCAACAUUCUAGCCCGUCCUGUUGAGCUUGUCUUUGAAUUUGAAAACAAAGGAAAUGCCAAGGUCAACAUUUUUGAAACUCUGACUGCUAAGAUAGAUGUGCAGAAUGACUACUCUGCCACCUUCAAACCUGACAGUCAACAGAUGAACACUAUAGCUCUGGCUCGGCUUAACCAGUACAAAAUGUUCUACAACUACACUGUAGCCAAUAAUGAAAAUGAGGCUGGUAUUUUUGUUGCCAUGGAAGGUGAUGCCAAUCUUGACUUCCUGACAACCCCCAUCAGCAUUCCUGAGUUUGACGUGCCUUUUGUUGACUUCCGUACUCCAGCUAUCCUUGAUCUAAACUUGUAUGAGCAGACUGGAUUGAAUAACAUUUUGACUACUACUGAGCAGUCUGUGGAUGUGGAUGUCAAGGCUGUUUACAAGAAGAGCCAGGCUGCCCCUCUUGUUGACAUGAUGGGUCUGAUCCAGAUUCCCUCAGUGGGAAACCUGGUCACAGAGCUGUCUUUCAAGUCUGCCAUCAUUAAUCUGAAUGUCAAUGCUGGACUGUAUGCAGAGGAUGAUCUUGUCUUCCGUCUGGGAGCUACCACAGCCUCUGUGUUUGAGAGUCUCAAAGCCAAACUUGAUGGCACCGCCAGUCUGACCACCAAGAGAGGAAUCAAGUUGGCCAAUUCCCUGUCCCUUGAAAAUCGUCACAUUGAAGGCACUCAUGAUAGCACCAUCAGUAUGAGUACUGAGACUUUUGAAACUGCUGUCUCUGUGGCUACUGUAGCAAAGAUUGCCUUGCCUAUACUCAACCUUGAGGCAAACCAAAAUCUGCUUGCAGACACCAAAACCAAACUAAAUGCUGUCUCCACCUUGAGGAUGAAAGGUGAUUUAAACAUCCCUGUGAUCAAGGCUGUUGGAAAGGCUGAGGCAGAGCACAGUCUGAAGAUGGAAGGAACCUUUGAGUAUGCUUCCAUGGAGACAUCCUCUAGGGCAAACAUGGAUGGCACAGUGCUUGAAGACUAUCUAGUUUUGGGAGUUCUGGAUAAUGAGGUUAACUUGUACCUGAAUAAUGAUGGCCUACACUCCACCUCAAAGAUUAUUGCAGAUGCCAAGCUUAACUAUGGCACCACCAAAGUCAUUGGCAUGGAUGUAAAUGAGAAUCUUGCUGUUGAAGCCUCCUGGAGCCGUGUGUAUGCAGUGCUGAAGUAUACUGGCAACAAUGAAGCAAACCUGUUCAAUUUCAACACCAAUGGCAAACAUGUCGCUCAGGCAACCAUUGACUUUGCACCAACAUCCUCCUUGACUGCUGACAUCGAGAUUGAUAUUUCUCAGCCAAGCACCCUGGGUGACUUCACCAUCUUUGAGAAGACUGUUGCUGAAAUGACAGCUGCCAAGCAGAAGAUGACAACCAAUGUCAAGUUUGUCAGCCCACUGUACACCACAAACAUGGCAACUGAAGUAGAGGGCAAUGCUCCUGUUUUCACAGUCACCUUCAAGUCCUCUGCCAACUCUUUCAUUAUCUUCUUGGAAUAUGACAUGGAUGCUUCUACUACUACAAACUUUGAGAAUGAAGCUCUCAACAUGAUUACCAAGGUUGUCCUGACACACGCUGACUUCACCAUGGAUGUCAACCAUGCUUUAAGCCAAGCCUUGAGGAAAAAACGCCAGGCCGAUGACAGUUCCUCUCGCCAUACUCUGAAUGUGGACAUCACCAGUCCUGCUUAUACCGAUAUGAAUCUUCGUUAUGCUGCUCGCAGAGAUGGUUUCAGUGCCUCUGUUUCUACCCCCUCCACUGGCUUUCUGGGCUUUCAGUUCAAUGGCAGAGUCCCAUCUCAAAUGAGUGCAAGACUCUAUGGUCGCUAUCCUUCUGCCCCAGAAGUUGAUGUUGACAUGCUGAUCAUCAGAUCAUCUUCUAAGAAUGCUGAUAAGAUGAACCUGCAGGUUAUAUACAACAUGGAGGCACCCAAAAUAAUGCUCUAUGAACUCAAGAUGAAACUCCUUUCCAUCACCUCUACAUUCAAAAUGUUUGCUGACAAGUACAUGAUCCCAAUGAGCAUGGAAGUAUUGGACAAUGUUUUUAAUCGCUUCAACGAGGCCUAUAAUGCUGCUAUAAACUAUGACGUUCAAAUGAGCCAGCUGUCAGUUUUCUUUAGGAACAUCUUUGUCCAGUACCAGAAGACUGUCCAAGUCUUUCUGGAUACUGCCGUCAAGGUCUUAAGGGAGACCCAGUUUAAACUGCCUGGCUUUGAAGAGAUGACCACUCUCCCUGAGGUCCUAAAGAAGCUGACCAGUAGCAUUGCUGCUGUGCUAGAUAAGACCAUCCAGAUUAUCUAUGAGAACAUGGAGGUCUACUACAACUCCUUUGUUGAGAAGUUCAGCAGUGUGAAAUUCCGCAUGCCCAUUGGUGAUGCAAUCACUGGAGGUCAGAUUAUGGAUCAGGUCAAAACAACUUUUAGGACCAUUUUUAAUGAAUUGGUGGACUUUGUGAAAAAAAUGGAGAGUCUUGACACAAUGCUAGUAAAGAUGGGUGAGACCAUGGAGGCUGUUGUUAUGAAAUCUCAGGAGUUUAUUGACUCUAUUCAAUCUGACUAUUUAGAUACAGUCUUCUUCUACAUCAAUACCCUGUAUCGUAACCUUAUCACAGUCAUUAAGAAUGUUGUUGACCAGAUCUCUGGCUUAACUCAAGAGCAAGCUGUUAAUGCAUUUGAAUACAUUAUAGACAUGUCUGUGUAUGCAUUGGACCAGUUCAAUAAGACAGUUUACAGUUUCCUGGACAAAGCUUCAGAGGAGGCUCAAGCCUACGUGAAAGUUAGUGGAGGAAAGCUUGAGAUUGACCUUCCAUUUCCCUUCCAACAGUGAGGAACCUUCAUAGAUGAAGCCAUAUGAAACACUACCAUCUGUUCAAAACAAAUUCUUGGCUCUUUAAUCAUAUUUAUAACAAUAUCAGUACCCAUUGUAUCAUUUUAUCAUUUACUGUGUACAAACAUUGAAUAUGUAGAGUUUUACUGAAACUCAUCUUCCUGCAAGGAGUGAAAAACAUCAAUAAAGUAUAUUAAUCCAAUCUGUAAAUGUU